UAAACAAGCAGUUUCCUGGGGCUGGGCUGUAAUCGAGUUAUUUGCUGUGAUUUAUAUCGCUAAGACGCCGAAAGCCUGUGAUAAGCGAAUCCACUAUCGCGCUUCAAUACGGCUCGUCCGCGGUCGUUUGUGUCUGGACCCUCCCUCUGCACCAGCAGCAUUUCGGCCAUUGUCUACCCGCCCACUGUCACCGUCCGCUAUGGAUGUCCGAUUAGCAACGCUGGAACGUGCGACGGAAUUGAUCAGAUGCUGCAAGGUGCCCCGCCUGCUCGACGCCAGCAUCGAGGACGGUCCGCUAGUACGGGCCACAUUCGAACAUUUUCUGCACGUGUUGGACGGUACGCUACCGAUCGUGUUCGAUCUGCUGGCCGAACACGGCACGCUACUGACCGGUUACGAUGCGUACAAUGAGGACGAUAACGUCGAGUUCAAAACAAACCUAGCACUGGUGAUAGCCGAACAGUACAGCGCCGAAGAAGGUGGCCAUGGUGAGGAGUACCGCACCGGCAAAGCGUCACUGCGUACGCGUAUCGCACUGUUCUACCAGGGCCACGAACUGGAGCAUCUGCUGACUGACAGGGGCAGUGAUCGGGUUUGGCAUCGCCUGUACGGCCACUAUCGACAGGUCCUGUCCGCGUCCGAAUGGAAGUAUCAUCCGGCCGAUGUAACAGGGUUUGUCCAGUUGAUCGAGCUACUGUACGGUCCGUACGCGACGCUGCACGUUGCUAGCCCACCGGAGCUGAACGAUGACGCAGCGGCAUACAUUCUCUCGGUCGCCGUUACGUUGGUGGAGUUUUCUGAGCCCGCCUAUCAGCAGCUCGGUGUGCGAUUGUUUUGCAUCCUGCUGGGACCGCGGCAUCGCCCGUGCAUGCGGCGCACCAACAUACACCACGUGGUGUACAGCAACGCGAAAAGGCUAACCAACAAAUGCAACCAGGAACCGUUUCUUGACGCACUGUGGAAGUGCAUUUAUCUGUACGUGGAGCUAGAGGAAACGGAUCGGCUAGAUUUUACCCAGUGGAGCACAGUGGACGACAUUAUGGAGAUACUUCUGAAUGGGCUUACGUUCCAAACGAAACACAACCUGUCCAGCGUUUACUUGCUGUAUCUGGUGAAGCUGCUCGCGCUCGAUCUGCCCAACUACAUCAUCGACGGACUGGACGAGAUACAAUCGAUCGACCGAAAGUGUCACCUGUACGAACCGGUUUGCGAGCAGCUACGGCAGGAUUGUCUCGAUGGGUUCCACAACCGACGGUACUACCGUUGGCUGCAUCAGAUCGUUCAACUACUGCCCCACGAAGCCCUCAAAUGUCAGGGCAGUUCGCGGGAUCACGGUAGAUAUUGUCAUGGUGUAAAUCUACUCUUCAUACUGGUCACGUUCCCGGUCGAACCGGAAGCACUCCGGCCUACCCAUAUAGGGCUGCAAACGAAUCUGGUCGAGUUUAUCAACGUGUUCAAACAGUACGAACAGCAACAAAGUCGGCUCGCAGCCAAACGUUCCAGUGCAUCGAGCGAUUUCGUGUACAACACCAAAGCGCUGGUGUCGGUCAGUAAGACGAUGUUGGUUUUCCUCACCACACUCGCACCGCGGUACUUUCCCGAGCACCCGGCAAUGGCAGUGCUCGGCCAGAAGCUGGCGGACGAUUAUGCAGAUUGUGAUUCCAUCAUGUACAAUUGUAUGCAGAGCUUGAUAGAAAAGUUGCGAUAAGUUCCAAUGCGGUAAUGAAUUCAACAACAAUAGAUGCAGCUUGUUGUUGUGUUGGAAAUAUCCGAAUUAGGUCAAAACUGCCAAAAAAUAAUUUCGUAUGUUUUAUAUUGUCUACUUGUUGAACUGCAUUGAUCACUGAUUAUGAUUGGAAUUGAUUGGAGAUGAAUUUUGACUAUAAAGAAGUUAUUUUUCAUCGCUCGGCUUUUUGCGGAAAGUUAAUGUCGUGU